UCUGGCGGGCAGGUGCCCGUCGACCUCUCGGAGCUGCAGGAAUAUUCCUUCUUCCCGGGCCAGGUCGUGGCCAUGGAGGGGACAAACAGCACCGGGAGACGACUGGUGGCCUCGAAGCUGUACGAGGUGAAUCGCCGCGCGACACUUAAAUUUGUUCCUGGGGCUGGUGCCUUUUUCUCCGCGUUGGUUUUUCUCACUGCGGUUGCCGUUUCUUCGCAGUUUGGGCCUUUCCUUGACGCCAAGCACGAGCAGGUGGAGAACUGCCAGCUCCUCGGAUCCUUUGCCGACGUCUUCAAGCUGUGCCUGAAGACGAUAAUAGAAGGGACGAGAAGCGCCGGCUCUCAGCUCGUCUUCGUGCCGUCGCUGCGGGACGUUCACCACGACUACGUGUACCCGCAGCCGCCCUUCGCCUACCCCGAGCUGCCGAAGGAGGACAAGCCGCGCGUCCACUUCGUCUCGGACCCCUGCACCCUGGAAAUCAACGGCACCGUCUUCGGCUUGACCUCCACCGACCUGCUCUUCCACAUGGGGGCCGAGGGGAUCAGCAGCUCCUCGGGCAUCUCGGACAGGUUCACGCGGAUCCUCAAGCACGUCCUGACGCAGAGGAGUUAUUACCCGCUCUACCCGCCCGCGGAGGAGAUGAACGUGGACUACGAGAACUUCUACAGCUACGCGGCCCUGCCCGUCACGCCGGACGUCCUCGUCGCCCCCUCGGAGCUGAGGUACUUCGUCAAGGACGUCCUGGGCUGCGUGUGCAUCAAUCCCGGCCGCCUGACGAAGGGGCAGGGUGAGGUCGUCUGGCUCGACGGGCGCCUGUACGUGCGGCGGCACGACGCGGAGUGGGAGCGGAAGAGCCCUUGCGUUGCCGCCCAAGUUGUCAAAAUUUAAGCCUCCGCUGGGCGGAACGACGGCGGGAGACGGGACGAAGCAAAUCUCUUUGGCCCUCUCCCUCCGCGUAGCCUCAGGACUGCUGCUUUCGGGCUGCUUUUUUUGUGUAUUUUGGCACCUGCAAAAGGAAACAACCAAACGCCAGGUGGGUGCUGGAGUUGGCCCGAGCGUGGCAGGAGCCUCCCUUGGCGUCACCUGCUGCCAAGCUGGGCUGUUCCUUCAGGGAAGCAAAUAAAAUGCACUUUGAAUUUUGCGUAUAAAAAGAAAAAAAAACCGCAAUGCCCUAACGCAAUUAAUCUGUGGGUUUCGGCGCUUUGCGGGGGGGAGUUGACCCGAUUAGCCCCCUGGAUUUGCGUUCUUUCCCCCCAAAACUGAACGCCAACGGCGCGGAGCUGGGUGCCCGCCGGCGCUGGGGAAUUUGGGUGCAGAAAGUGCUUUUUAAAUUUUUUUUCCCUCCUCCCUUUUUUUUUUCGCCUGGAUAUUCACGACGCCUUACACCAGCGAGGGGUUGCACAGGCGGCCGUCUCGCUCGCUGGUCUCCUGCCUUCGGCUGCCGUGGCGAUUACAGGCUGUGGGAAACCGGAAAAGAAACCUCGUCAGUCGGUGCCGAGCGAGGGAAACCGCGCGCUUGGUCUUCCCUCGCUAAUUUUUCCGCCUAAUGGGCUUGCCGUCCUAAUGAGCGCUAGCUCCAGCCUCCGCAGCGUCCUUAAAACUCGGAGCACCGCGAGGGCAGCGUCGCCUCUGCCCGAUACCCGAGUCCUUCCCCGAAGGGUUGUUGGUCGCCGCUCAAAGUGUGAGACUGUAUUUUAAAACACGUCAGAGGGUGGGGGAAAAAAUAAAGACAAAACAGAGCUAACAGCCGCUUUCGGCCCUUUCUAGCGACGCUUCAGCUCCGCCACGGACAACUCUAUAUGCGUUUAACCAGCCUGCGCAUGUUCCGGCGCUCCGGAGCCAGGUUUGGGCUGGGCUUGGCCUCAGUUUCCCUCACAAAAAGGGUGUUUUUAGCUAAAACGCGCGAGCUGGGGCGAAGGGUGCCACGUCAAGGGGGAACUCGGGGCUUUUCGCCAGGGGGGGAUCUGAGGUGAACGAAGCACCCGGCGUCGGCUGUUGCGAUCCGGUGUCCUGCCCGGAGUGUCUCUUGCCUCUUAAUCACACGCCACCAGCUCCUCUUGAGGAGGCUAAUCUGCAAUUUUAACGAGCGGGGGAUCCGGCCGGGAGCGUUUUAACUCGGCCGCGUCCUUUCAGGCCUGACUCCGAACUCAAACCGGGCUGACGUUUAGUUCCACCCCUCCGUCCGUGAGCUCGCGGCGGCAGAACGAAACAGCCGGGCUCUUUCCA